CCUGACGUUGUUGAACUCUGUUACCUUCCCAGACGACACUUCUGCACCGUUUGAGCUCACGUUUCAGCCAAAUACUGUGGUAUAACAAGAUCAGAGAUGGCCGUCACACAAGUGUCCUCCAACAAGUGCUCUGGUGGCUUCCAGAAGGUGUUCGAACAUGACAGCACUGAGCUCAAGUGUAAGAUGAAGUUCGCAGUCUAUCUGCCUCCCAAGGCUGAGACCGACAAAUGUCCCGUCAUGUACUGGCUCUCUGGUCUGACGUGUACGGAGCAGAACUUCAUCACCAAAGCCGGCAGUCAGGUCCCUGCUGCAGAGCACGGCAUCAUCAUCGUCACACCGGACACCAGUCCACGUGGCUGUAACAUCGAGGGAGAGGACGAGAACUGGGAUUUUGGCACCGGAGCUGGUUUCUACGUCAACGCCACGCAGGACCCCUGGAAGACCAACUACCGCAUGUACGCCUACAUCACCGAGGAGCUCCCCAAAUUAAUCAACGCUAACUUCCCCACCGACCCGGACAAGAUGUCCAUCAGCGGUCACUCCAUGGGCGGCCACGGGGCGCUCAUCUGUGCCCUGAAGAACCCUGGGAAAUACAAGGCUGUGUCUGCGUUCGCUCCCAUCUGUAACCCGGUGCAGUGUCCCUGGGGACAGAAGGCCUUCUCGGGGUACUUGGGCUCCGACAGGUCCACGUGGGAGGCGUACGAUGCGACCGCGCUGGCGUCGUCGUACUCCGGUCCUCAGCUCGAUAUCCUCAUCGAUCAGGGCCGGGACGACCAGUUCCUGUCGGCCAGCCAGCUGCUGCCCGACAACCUGAUCGCCGUCUGCUCCGAGAAGAAAAUCCCCGUCGUCUUCAGACUGCAGCCGGGCUACGACCACAGCUUCUUCUUCAUCUACUCCUUCAUGAACGAUCACAUCAAGCACCACGCCAAGUUCCUCAACGCCUGAUCAGCACCGGAGAGGAGCGUUCAGGUCGGCUUCCUAGUCCAGGUCCCUUUGACCCGGCUGCUCCGCUAUCCUGACAUCGUCACCUGUUCGCUGGAAACCAAAUUCUAAAAUGGAGAUGAGUCAGAUGCCUCUGUAGUUUCUGUUUAAACAACACUUACCUAACGUCUCAAAUAAGAACAAAAACUAUUUUAUUUGUUUUGGAUAAUUGACCCAGUGGAAAUUAAAAAAAAGUUUCCUUUUCUCAGUUUGUCUUUUGUCAUCGAACAGUCACAUCUGUAUUUUUAACAAUAAAAUCCCGAAUUAUA